AUGCUUCAGCUUUGGAAACUUGUUCUUUUGUGCGGCCUGCUCACUGGGACCUCGGAGGCUCUUCUCGAGAAUCUUGGCAGUGGCCUGCAUGAUGUUGUGGACGAGCUGAAACCUGUCGUUGACAAAGGACUUGAGACAGUUGACAAUACUCUCGAAGGCAUCCUUCAGAAACUGAAAGCUGACUUGAAGGUGCUACAGGAAUCCGAGGCGUGGAAGCUGGCCAAAAAGAAGGUCCAGGAAGCUGAGACAUUGGUGGAUAAUGCCCUUUCUAAUGUCCAUCUAAGUGCAGGGAAGAUCCUGGGGUUGAAAAUCGGUGACUUCUUCGUCCUGGAUAUCGAACCCGAACUGAUUGUUGAUGUCAAAGACGUCAACCUGAAGUUGCCCAUCAUCGCCGAUGUCUCUGCAACCCUGCCUUUCAUUGGCCAGGUUGUCAACCUGACAGCCUCCUUGGACCUCCUGGCUGGAGUCAAAGUCAAAACUGAUGCACAGACCCAAUUGCCCACGGUGACCCUGGGAGAAUGCACCAGCAACCCGACCAGCAUCUCACUCUCCUUGCUGGACAGACGCAGCAAACUGAUCAACAAGGUUGUGGACGCCGUGGUCAGCAUCCUGAAAAACAGCGUGUCCUUCCUGGUGCAGAAGGAAGUGUGCCCAUUGAUCCACAUCUUGGUCCCUGGCCUGGAUGCGAAGAUUUUUCAGGACAUCAUCGGUCUCCAGAUGUGA